AUGAAGUUCGGGCGUCGGUUGCUGGAAGAAAGCGACCCACGCUUUAGACACUUUUACAUCGCUUACAAGAACCUGAAGCAGGCGAUCAAGCUCAUCACCGGGAGCGAUGGUAGUACGUUUUCAAUUCAGCAGGUGACGCACAAUUUCGGGAACCUGCCUGCAUUGGCAGGUUCAGUGUUUCGUCCACCGGAGAGCCGUUUCCAGGAGUUAUUGAAUCAUGAGAAGCAGAAGAUCAAUAAGUUCACGGAGGUGAAUUUGACGGCGACGACGAGUGCAUUGAAGCAGCUGUUGAAGGAUUUGUUGCGAGAGGACAUGACGGAUGAGGGUUACGUUGAAGACAUGUCAGUGGCAUUGGCAGAAGUCGAUCGUCAGUCAGAGAUGUUGGUCUUUUUGAAGAAUUAUCAGAGCUUGAAUUGGACGGGUUUUCGUAAGAUUACUAAGAAAUAUGACAAGCAUAAUCAUUCACAAUCAGCCCAAUGGUUCAUGGCUCAGUUGCAAAAGGAGGCGUUUGUGAACGCGGACCUGGAUGGUCCAUUGAAGUUGUUGUCGUUGUGUUAUCAGAUUGUGUUGGCUCGAUCAGAAGAUACGUUUGGUAAGGAGUCAUUGUUAUCUGGUUCUAUAAAUUUGGUAUCGAUUGAGAAGUUGGAGUCAGGUAAAGAGCUGGUUUCUGGUUCGCGCGAAACGGUGACAUAUUUGAUCCGGGGUUCGGAUGUAAUGCGGGUGAAGGUUAUGUUAGCUAAGUGUUUGUCACUGGCUUCGAUUGGUAGUUCAUGCUUCAUCGGACGGGAGGCAAUAGAUGUUCUCAUUAAUCCCCUAGCAUCAUUGCAACCGGCAUGUACAUCAUCUUCGGAGAAGAUUUCACAUGGGUGCUUGUACCUUGACAAUCGUCAAUUCGAUAUCAUUCGUGGGGUUCUUAAUGUAACUCGUCGACAACUACAGAACACGCGUCUCACUCGUAUACGCUGGUUCGGAUUGAUGGAUGGUGAGAAUGACAAGGAUGUCUACAUUGAGCGUAUUCCCCUCAGCGAGUUACAUGGGUACCAUCCUGAAACACAAAACCUCAUUGAUUUAUCGUCCAACCAUUUACGGACAGACUCACCACAAACGUGUGUCAUGAUCAAAUACAAACAUGUAUGCUCCAUGCUCGCCAAUACUUUCGAUGUCGAGAGCUGGAUGCGACGUAAAGGAUACGAAAAGGACCAGGAGGUGCGCGAAUUGCUACAGUCAACGCAGCAAAGUCUGAGCUCAGGCGAUUUAUUACCUGUGUUACAGACCUGGUCUUUGAGAACUUCGUUCAGUCUAGUAUGCGAACAACAAAAUAUUGUGGAGGCGCAUGUUGACGAAAACCUCCAUGCCGUAGCCGAACUACAGACACGCGAUGGCCGACUUGUAUUCCCCGAACAAGGAGUCGCACAGACCGGUGGUCUGAUCACUCCCUACACCAAAGUCAGAUCAGACGGCGAUUUCGUCCAAGACGACUUUGUCACACUCAACAUGUCCUUCCCCAAAAACUUCCGCUUCCCAUACCAAGUCAACAGACCCAAAAGCGAACUGGCCGAGGGUGAGACGACCCUUUUCGAGAACACCGUCGACGACUUAUCCAUGGAAGACCUCAAGUCCUGUCUCGAACACUUCGCCGUAAUGCACAAUGCACACGACUUUACACCCCUUGCUCAUGCAGCCGCCACACUCUUUAAAGAGACCAAACCGCACAAGUUGCACACACCUGGUUGGUUCAGUUCAAACCUCGUGGUAAAUCUCGAAGACGGCAGCGAGCAGGAAGAGAAGAAAAAACCGGAGACCGAUACACGAGGCGCCGAACCUGUCUCCGAAGAGCGAGCCCCACGUGCGAACAACAGCAUCAGCAGCCAGAAGAUUUCGGGUCUGUAUUGUGACUUGGCCGGCCAGGCGGCUCCACCUGUCGCACCGGGUAGUCAGGGUCUGCCCAUUGAGUUACUCCCGGCCCCGCGGUACCUAGACCAGCCGCCGCCUGGGAAUGGCGGCGGCUUCCUGAACCUGGACGCGACCUCCAUUCAGGUGCAGGGCGACCCGUUGCAGCAACCGUUGGUCGAGCACCCGGCCGUCCCGGCCGCGCGAACGGUGCAGAACGGCUGGUUGCGGAAAGUGGUGCAAUUGUUCUACAAAGCGCCCAGCGGCUCCACAGCGCCCAAGACCUCGGCCUCGGUGCGAGUCGAGCCCAAGACCUUCUUCGCGAAUGAACGCACUUUACUACAAUGGAUGAACAUCGCCGUACUACUCUCCACCAUUUCGAUUACACUCAUGACCUUCGGUAGUCUCUCCAGCCGCAUCGCAGGCUUCGUACUCGCACCCAUCGCAGUCUACUUCAUCAUACACUCGUACAACGUCUACCUCUACCGCACGAACGCCCUUAUGAACAAAGAACCCAUCGACUACGUCGAUCACACCGGCCCUGCCGUCCUCGUCUGCUCUCUCGUCUUCGCCAUGGCAGCCAUCGUACUGAUGAACAUCUUCCAAAGCACCGCAGUCUCCAACCACAGUGCCCUCCCCCUCCCCACCAUACGACUACCACCGGCCGCACCCGGCAGUCACUAA